UGUCGUUUUCGGUUUUGCGCUUUUUGUGGUGAGUUUGUGAGAGUGAACCCUUGAUUUUGUGUUUUAUCCGUUAAAGGAAGGAUAUACACGCCUAAAUUAUUGGAAUGAUUGUUUAUUUUUGAGAACCUGGAAGUAUAAGGUGUACAGUAAAAAUGGCAGCGCUCAGACAUCAAGCAGCGGCAGCAUUGCUUGAUUUCAAUCAGAAGUUGGACAUAAAUCUCUUGGAUAGUGUGGUUGUUAGUAUGUAUGCUGGGAAUGGAGAGACACAGAGGAUAGCACAAGAAGUUUUAACAACUUUGAAAGAACAUCCGGACGCUUGGACAAGAGUCGAUACUAUACUGGAGUAUUCAACAAACCAGCAAACCAAAUAUUACGCCCUGCAAAUAUUAGAACAAGUUAUUAAAACACGAUGGAAGGUUUUACCAAGGAAUCAGUGUGAGGGAAUUAAAAAAUAUAUCGUUUCUCUUAUAAUAAAAACAAGUUCGGACUCAGAAACGUUAGAAGCUAAUAAAACCUACCUUAAUAAAUUAAAUAUGAUAUUAGUUCAAGUCUUAAAAAGAGAGUGGCCUAGAAAUUGGGAAAGUUUUAUUCCCGACAUUGUAGGAGCGAGUAAAACUAAUGAGAGUUUAUGUCAGAAUAACAUGAUUAUAUUAAAAUUGCUAAGUGAAGAACUGUUUGAUUUUUCCUCUGGACAGAUCACACAAACCAAGGCGAAGCAUUUGAAAGAUACAAUGUGUUCUGAAUUUUCAGCGAUCUUUCACUUAUGCCAGUUUGUACUUGAAAAUUCGCAGAAUCCCCCUCUUGUUAACGCUACCUUGGAAACUCUACUCCGGUUCCUAAAUUGGAUUCCUCUCGGAUACAUAUUUGAGACAAAGCUAAUAAAUACACUUAUAUUUAAAUUCCUCCCUGUACCCCUGUUCCGUAAUGUUACUCUGAAAUGUCUAACAGAAAUAGCUGGUGUUACUGUAAGUAAUUAUGAUGAUAUGUUUGUUAAUUUGUUCUCUCAAACGAUGGCCCAAUUAGAAGCGAUGCUUCCUCUACAAACUGACAUUAAAACGGCUUAUGCUUGCGGCCAGGACCAAGAGCAGAAUUUCAUUCAAAACCUCGCUUUGUUCCUUUGUACAUUUUUGAAAGAACAUGGUAACAUUGCUGAAAACCAAAUAGAAACUCUAAGGAAUGCUUUACGCUACCUGGUAUUGAUUUCUGAGGUAGAGGAGGUUGAAAUAUUUAAGAUUUGUUUGGAAUAUUGGAACAGCUUGGCUUCCGAGUUGUACCGUGAGAUGCCUUGUGCCGGUGCUCAGCUGAUAUUCUUCGGUAAUGCUCGACGAGCCUUAUACCAAGAAGUAUUGAAUAAAGUGAGGUACAUCAUGAUUUCUCGAAUGGCGAAGCCAGAAGAAGUAUUAGUUGUUGAGAAUGACAAUGGAGAGGUUGUAAGGGAGUUUAUGAAGGACACGGAUUCUAUUAACUUGUAUAAGAAUAUGCGUGAAACCCUUGUGUAUUUAACUCAUCUAGAUUAUGCAGAUACGGAAAGGAUUAUGACGAAUAAACUACAGAAUCAAGUGAAUGGGACCGAGUGGUCUUGGAAGAAUUUGAACACGCUUUGCUGGGCUAUUGGCAGUAUUUCUGGAGCGAUGCAUGAAGAAGAUGAGAAGAGGUUUCUGGUGACGGUUAUUAAGGACUUACUAGGUCUGUGUGAGCAGAAACGUGGUAAAGACAAUAAAGCCAUCAUCGCCUCAAAUAUCAUGUACGUUGUCGGUCAGUAUCCCCGCUUUCUAAGGGCCCACUGGAAAUUUUUGAAAACCGUUGUAAAUAAAUUGUUUGAAUUCAUGCAUGAGACUCACGAUGGUGUACAGGACAUGGCAUGCGAUACUUUUAUUAAGAUUGCGAUGAAAUGCAGACGGCAUUUUGUUACAACUCAAAUCGGUGAGACCUGCCCCUUCAUCGAGGAUAUACUAGCUUCGAUUUCUACAAUUAUCUGCGACCUGCAACAGCAGCAAGUGCAUACUUUCUACGAAGCCGUAGGGUACAUGAUAUCAGCACAGGUCGACAACGCCACACAAGAAGCCUUAAUUGAAAAAUAUAUGUUGCUUCCAAAUCAGGUUUGGGACGAUAUCAUCAGUCAAGCUAGUAAAAACGUGGAUAUUUUAAAGGAGAUUGAAAUAGUAAAACAACUUGCGAGUAUACUAAAAACUAACGUUAGGGCUUGCAAAGCUUUAAAUCACGCCUAUGUUCUUCAGCUUGGACGCAUCUACCUAGACAUGUUGAAUGUUUACAAAGUUAUGUCAGAAAAUAUAACAGCAGCAAUUCAACUGAACGGGGAAGCCGUUACAAAGCAGCCUCUUAUAAAAUCAAUGAGGGUUGUCAAAAAAGAGACGUUAAAGCUCAUUUCCGAUUGGAUAUCCAGAUCGAGCGAUAGCGGCAUGGUUCUUGACAAUUUUAUUCCUCCCUUCUUGGAUGCUGUCCUUUUGGACUACCAGAGGACACAGGUGCCAUCCGCUAGGGAACCCGAGGUGUUGAGCGCCAUAGCCACGAUCGUUAAUAAGCUUGAGAAUCACAUUACGUUGGAGGUACCAAAAAUCUUCGACGCGGUGUUCGAAUGCACCUUGGAGAUGAUCAACAAGGAUUUCGAGGAGUACCCGGAGCACAGGACAAACUUCUUCUUGCUGCUCCAGGCGGUUAACAACCAUUGCUUUGCCGCCUUCCUUAACAUCCCGCCUACACAAUUCAAACUGGUGCUGGACAGUAUCAUCUGGGCAUUCAAGCAUACGAUGAGAAAUGUGGCCGACACCGGCCUCCAGAUCCUCCUUAAACUCCUACAAAACGUCGAACAGCACGAGACUGCAGCUCCCAGCUUCUAUCAAACUUACCUGACGGACAUCCUCCAACACGUAUUCUCUGUGGUGACGGACACCUCGCACACAGCUGGCCUGUCGAUGCACGCCACUAUCUUGGCGUACAUUUUUUCACUGGUCGAGGCGGGAAGGGUGAACUGCCAGCUGGGACCGACGCCGGACAAUGUGUUGUUUAUACAGGAGUUCACAGCCACUUUGCUCAGGUCUGCGUUCCCACACCUAACCGACAACCAGAUCAAGAUCAUGGUGCAAGGCAUGUUCAACCUGGAUCAGGACAUCCCUGGCUUCAAGGAGCAUCUGCGGGACUUCUUGGUGCAAAUUAGGGAAUACACCGGCGAGGAUGACACAGAUCUGUUCCUAGAAGAGCGCGAGAAGGCGUUGCAGGCCGCGCAAGCGGAAAAGCGCCGCAUCCAGCUCUCCGUGCCGGGCAUACUGAAUCCGCAUGAGGUGCCCGAGGAAAUGCAAGAUUAGCAGCCAACGUUCCCCUUGUAGAGAACUGUAAUUAAUCUAAAUAUUAUUUAGACGGAUAUUUUUCUAUUUGUAUCAUCGUAAUCCUUGGAUUAAGAGUAGAAAUACAAUCUACCAGUGUAAAUGUGUUUUGUGCAUCCCCCUGGCUGAGAUGCUUUUAAUUUUUUUAUAUUAUAUUUUUUUUAAUGAUUACCUUGUUCCUUUCUUUCUUCUACUGUGUAUAGACCACGUGUUAAUUAGAUGGAAUAAAUUUAAAUUGCCUGUAAUAUAAAUUUAUUUUUCAGCUUUCGAUUCUCCGAUUUUACUUUUGGGAACGCAUGUGACUGUAAAUUUACUAAAAUUGUAUAAAUAAUUGUCUCUUAACAUGUUUCCUGUACAGACAUGUAUUGAUUGAUGAUUUUCUUAUCGAUUUGGCACAAAACACAACCCUUUGUAUUUUUUACGCCCUCUGAUCGAUUGUGAUUUUUUUUUGGUUUGAAUGUAUGAUUGGCUGUUGAUGUGUAUUUAAAUCAGUUUAGGUGAAGAACAUUUAGGAACAGUUAUGUUUGAUACACUGCUCGUUAAAAAUGCGAUUGUUUUCUAAUAAAAAUAAAAUAUUGAAAUAUAUAACA